AACAGCCAACAACCGCAAGGCAAAGCUCAUAGCCAACAACCGCAGCACAAGUCUAACAACCGCAUGCAAACAAGCCAACAACCGCAGCAAACAAGCCCAACAACCGCAAGCAACAGCCCAACAACCGCAGCAAAACAGCCCAACAACCGAGCAAACAAGCCAACAACCGCAGCAAACAAGCCAACAAGCGCAGCAAACAAGCCACAACCGCAGCAAACAAGCCAACAAACCGCAGCAAAAGCCACAACCGCAGCGCAAACAAGCCACAACGCAGAAACAAGCCAACAACCGCAGCAACAAGCCACAACCGCAGCAAACAAGCCCCAACAACCGCAGCAAACAGCCAACAACCGCAUGGCAAAACAAGCCCAACAGACCGCAGCAAACAAGCCAACAACCGCAGCAAAACAAGCCAACAAUCCGCAGCAAACAAGCCAUCAACCGGCAGCCAAACAGCCACAACCGCAGGCAAACAAGCAACACCGCAGCAAACAAGCCAACAACCGCAGCAAACAAGCCAACACGGUCGCAAAAGCCAACAACCGACAGCAACAGCCAACACACCGCAGCAAACAGCCAACACCAGCAGCAGUACUCGAAGCCAACAACCGCAGCAACUAAGCACAACUCGCAGCAAACAAUGCCAACUACCGCAAGCAAACAAGCCAACAAAACCGAAGCAACAAGCCAACGAACCGCAGCAAACAAGCCACAACCGCAGCAACAGCCAACACGCAGCAACACAACAACGCGCAGCAAACAAGCCAACAACCGCAGCAAACAAGCGCACAAACCGCAGCAAACAAGCCAACAACGCCGCAGCAACAAGCCAACACCGCAGCAAACAAGCAAGAACAGACGCAGCAAACAAGCCCAACAACCGCAGAAAAACAAGCCAAACAACCGCAAAGCAAACAAGCCAACAACCGCAGCACAAACAAGCCAACAACCGCGCAAACAAGCCAACAACCGCAGCAAACAAGCCAACAACCGCCAGCAAACAAGACCUAACAACCGCCGCAAACAAGCCACAACCGCAAGCAAACAAGCCACAAUCCGCAGCAACAAGGCCCAACAACCGCUUCAACCAAGUUCCAACAACCGCUUCAAACAAGCCAACAACCACCCAUAA